GGGAGGAGAGAGAGAGAGAGGAGGAGGAGAGAGAGAGAGAGAGAGAGAGAGACGGUCAGACGGAGCCUUAUCUAUGCAGUGGGUCAUUGAAUAAGAGCCAUUUGGAGCCAGAGGAGAAGAGAAGAGGAGGAGAAGAGGAGCGGACAGUCCAUCUGUACGGAAGGAGAGAGAGAGAGAGAGAGAGAGAGAGAGAGAGAGCGCACACGGCUCCAACACACAAGGAAGAAAGAAAAACACAGACACGGAAGAGAAGUGAAAGACACAGAAAAGCCUGAGAAGGAGAAGGAGGAGAAGAGUGACUGAUUUCAGACCGCGCAAAGGCAGUUCCAGGGUCCAGAAGAUGCCUCGGGUUGUCCCGGACCAGAGGAGCAAGUUUGAGAAUGAGGAGUUUUUCCGCAAGUUGAGCAGGGAGUGUGAGAUUAAAUAUACUGGAUUCAGAGACCGACCACAUGAGGAGAGACAGGCCCGCUUCCAGAACGCCUGCAGGGAUGGACGCUCCGAGGUGCAGUUCUGCAGCAGUGGAAGUUGAUCAAGCCUCGAAUUCUUUCCGGCCAAUCUUCAUGGAGAACAGAGGCAGGUUCCAACCAGAGAGUACGUGGACUUUGAAAGGACGGGAAAGGUCUAUUUAAAGGCUCCUAUGAUCCUGAACGGGUGUGGUGAUCUGGAGAGCUGGAUCGACCUGCAGAGGCUGGACGGGAUGGGAUACCUGGAGUAUGACGACGAAAGGGCCCAGCAUGAGGACGCUUUGGCCCAGGCAGCGUUUGAAGAAGCCCGACGCAGAACCAGAGACUUUGAAGACAGAGACCGAUCCCACAGGGAGGAUCUGGAGGACCCUGUGGUUUCUAAAAUCUGGGACUGAUGACAGCAGCAGAAAAGAACAGGUCCAGACGACAGCAGGACCCGCCCUGGCUCAAACAUGGCCAACGCUGACGUCGAACAUAAGAUGCGCUGAGGACGAUCCAGACCGAGGGGACAGACGGACCCGGAGCUGGACUCCACUCACAGCUGGACACAUGUCAACCCUAAACCCAAACUCUAGACCAACUGUUCACCUUCACUUUUAUCACCAUUUUCACAUGCUCCACAUUUUCAGGUAUAUUUGAAUGUCAAAGGAAAUAAAAUGUCUGAACUGAUUGAAUUGAAAGUGAACCAAACUGUACAAGAGCAGGAUUGAAAGGA